UUCCUUUCCGUUUAUUUUCAGUGCUAUUAAGGUAAUUGACAUGCCUCAAUGGGGAAAUGAAUGCUAAGUGAGCCAACAAACUGUCGGCGCCUAAAAACUGAUAACGAAAAGUGUGCGUAUACGAAUGGCGAAAACAAAACAAAGUUGAAAAGCAAAAAAAUGCUAAAUGCUGGUGAACCACAAAUAGCCUUAAAAAUGUAUUGUGUAUAUAACUGAGUAAUGGUUUUGAAAACAGUUUGAAAUGAAAGGUAGUAUAAGCGUGGUGCAUUAAAAGAAGUGUUAAAACUUUCAUAACAAAAUAAAAUCGCAAAAAUUUUUUAAAAAUCGUUUAUAAAACAAUAACUCUUUAUAAAAUUGUGGCUUUACCAGAAGUCGUGACGUGCGUGCGUAGCAGAAAAAUCAUUUGACUACACUGUAUUCGAUGGUUAUUGCCCUUGCAACUGAGUUUCCAUGCUUUUUGAGUGUAUAUACGCUUAAAUCCGAUUAGUGCGACAGGCUAACAGAAGUGUUAUACUGUAGAGGUCCAUCAUUUUGUAAUUUCACGUUUUAGUGCAGGAUAACAAAUUGGACACGGCUUCUAUUUUGGGCCGAAGGAAACAAAUAAACAUACACAAAACCAGUGAAAAAAUAGUGCAUUUGCGUACGUUAAAACUAACCAUUUCUACACCUACAAGUAAACUUACAAACAGACACAAAAGUGGAACUACAUUCUCACGCUUCCGAAUGUCAUGAUUUAUCAUCAUGUGGACAUACAUGAUGGCCGCAAGCCGUGGAGAACGGGCGAAUAUGAUGAUGUCUGCUUCGAGGCGUCGCAAUGAAAGUGAAUCACCGAAAUAUGGUUACAAGGAGCGAAAGCGAAAACGGCUCGUAAGCGUCUAAUUGCCAACCAUGUCGGCGAAAUUAUGGCUGAGGUACCGCGCCGCAUUUCAAUGGAGGCAAGCGAUGAGGAGGAUGCCAUUGGUCUGGUGGAUGAAGUGGAGCGCCGUCGACGUUGCCUUCGCACUGCUAGGAGGAAAUCCUUCGCUGAGCCGGAGAACGCUGGCGUUUCGUCAGGUGCCGCUGCUGGAAGAGGAAGUGGGAGUGGUCGCAAUGACGCUGGUGCGUUGAGUAGUGGCGUGGAGGAUGAAAGCGGCGAAGAGGAUUAUCUAGAGCUGGAGAGUGGCAAACGGAUGUCACAGGACCAAACAAAACGCACAAAGCCUUCCACAUUGCGACGCACAUUAAAUGCACUGCGUCAGCGUUUAACACGUCGCAGUCGCACCAAGCCGCCCGAUUGGUUUCUCGAGAAAUUCUCCAAUACAAAUAAUGUAGAUAAAAUUGGCAAGACUACAACCGUUACAACAACAGCUGCAGUUGCGGCUAGCGAAGAAGGAGCGAGUGGACCAGCACCGGCGAAUACGGCGCCGGCUGAUGAGGGUCUUUCCAGUGAAAUACGUGGCUCAAGUCGACUGUGUAAUCGGCUAUCGGUGAACCCGACACUGCAGUCACAUUACAGGUGGCUUGGUAUUGUAUCGUUGGCUGUUCUCUAUAACAUAAUCUUUGUGGUGGGUCGUUCGGUCUUCUGGGAGAUAAAUCAUCGCGCUCCAACAGUAUGGUACUUCCUGGACUAUUUAUGCGAUUGCAUAUAUCUAGUCGAUACACUAGUGCAUAUGCAUGAGGGUUACUUAGAUCAGGGUCUACUUGUGCGCGAUGCUUAUAAAUUACGACGUCAUUACUUUCACACCAAAGGUUGGUCCAUCGAUGUGCUGUCAAUGCUGCCAACCGAUCUCGCCUAUAUAUGGUGGUCGCCGAGCUCUUGUAGUGCCGGUGGCUUACCUUGUCCAGUGAUAGUGCGCCUAAAUCGUUUGUUACGUGCUCCUCGCCUCUGGGAGUGGUUCGACCGUACCGAAACGGCUACAGGCUAUCCGAAUGCUUUUCGCAUUUGUAAAGUGGUGCUCGCCAUUUUGGUGCUGAUACAUUGGAAUGCCUGUAUGUAUUUUGCAAUUAGUUAUUAUCUCGGCUUCGGUUCAGACAACUGGGUAUAUAAUUUGAAUGGCCCACGGAAUAGCACUCUGCAGAGACAAUAUAUUUAUAGUUUUUAUUGGUCUACAUUGACAUUGACGACGAUCGGUGAGACACCAACGCCAGAAAAUGAUGCGGAAUACCUGUUUGUGGUGGCAGACUUUCUGGCAGGCGUGCUGAUCUUCGCUACAAUUGUGGGUAACAUUGGUUCGAUGAUUUCCAAUAUGAAUGUGGCACGUGUCGAGUUUCAAAAUCGCAUGGACGGUGUCAAACAGUACAUGGCCUUCCGGAAGGUUGGCCAUGAGUUGGAGGCGCGUGUGAUACGUUGGUUUGCCUACACUUGGUCACAGAGUGGAGCGCUCGACGAAGAACGCGUGCUGGCGGCACUACCGGACAAACUGAAAGCGGAGAUUGCCAUACAAGUGCAUAUGGACACACUAAAACAGGUGCGCAUUUUCCACGACUGCGAACCGGGACUACUAGAGGCGCUUGUGCUGAAACUAAAACUGCAAGUCUUCAGUCCCGGCGACUAUAUUUGUCGUAAGGGCGAUGUCGGCAAAGAAAUGUAUAUAGUGAAACGAGGCAAAUUGUCGGUGGUUGCAGAUGACGGCGUCACAGUGUUUGCAACACUUGGCGCCGGCUCAGUUUUCGGCGAGGUGUCAGUGUUGGAAAUAGCAGGCAACCGCACCGGUAAUCGACGUACAGCCAAUGUACGUUCACUAGGCUACUCGGAUCUCUUUUGCUUAGCGAAACGUGAUUUAUGGGAAACGCUGUCCGAUUAUCCGGAAGCGCGUGCCACACUCACGGAACGCGGCUGUCAGCUGUUGCGUAAAGAUGGUCUACUGGACGAGAGUGUUUUUGCGGACUCACAACGCGCGCACGACAGCAUCGAGAGCGGCAUCGAAAAGUUAGAGAUGUCCGUGGAGAAUUUAAAUGUGCGGUUGGCACGCUUACUUGCCGAGUACACAGCCAGUCAGGCGAAACUGAAGCAACGGCUGGCGAAACUGGAAUCAAACUAUCAAUUAACCCACAACUCCAAUGCCGCCAUCAGCGUCGUCGAACCGCAAGCACGUCCACGCAGCGGGCGUCUCUACUCGCUGCAACUGAAGAAGCGUACGCGGCAAAAACGUCUAACGGCAUCCACGAAAUCCAACGAGAGCAGCAAACAGAACACGCUGUAAGCGUGCGACGUUGUUGCAUAGUGAGGCUGGCAAUGCCAAAACCAAUGCCCGCCAAGGCCAACAACAAUGGGCUGCAAAUAAGCCAAAUAAAUGGAAUUUCAUUGCAAGCUGGAAGAAAAAUUGCGGGGGUUCAAUAACUGAGUGCAGAGGCAACGCUGGCAAAAGCCACGCGAAGCGUAAGUGGCACAAAUUUAUACAUGGAUGUAUGCAUGUGUGUGUGUAGGUGCCACCUACUGUUUGUCCUUCGAAUGUGGCUUUGAUGCGCUUUGUUGUUUGUUUGCCGAAGUUGCCGACUUUUCAGCUUUUAUUUUCACGAAGUGAAGCUAAAUGCAGUUGUCCGUUGGUCCAUUAUUACGCAAGGCAACGCCAACAACCCAACAGCCACCUUCCCACUCUUCAGUCAACUUGUACGUGCCGAUGCUCUGAGAUGCGAUACUAAAUGGUGAUAAAUGAAUUGAAAUUCACAAAACUUAAGUAAAUUGUAAGUUUAAGCUAAAAUUACAAGGAAAUCUAUAUAUAGAUUUAUGUAUAUAUAUAUACUUAUAAAAAUUCCAAAUACAUACAUAUAAAUUCAAUUUGCAUUUACAUAUGCAAAUAGAAGCAGAAAGAAACUUAGUAAUAUUUAUAUUUAAGUAAACGUAAAUAAGAUUUAUCGGAAUAGAAAAACUGAUUUAUACACAGAAACAAAUUCACCUACAUAUAUGUGUGUGUAUUUAUGUAACUAUUAUAUUAAAGUAUAGUAUGUCUUAAUUUUAAAGCACACCACAAUUUUAUAGGUUAGGUAUUGAUAAACGAGUUAAAAAAAUUUUGUGGAAUUUUGUAUAAACAUUUUAUUAAAUUUUAGUUAAUUUGAAUAAAAUAAUUUACGGUGUUAUAAUUACAAUUCAAUAAUGACAAUAUUUUCAAACUGAUUCCCACAAAACUUCCACGAACAAACCAACCCACUGGUAUCCCAUUAGCUUUUAAAUGGAUUUUCAUAUUCAAAAAAGUUUUAUUUGACAGGACCGAAAGACAUAUCUUCUUCUUUACUAGAGUAGACAUCGCUUACGUGGUUUUAGCCGAGUUAAUAAUAGCGCGGCAGUCGUUUCUUUUUUCGUUAUUGGCGCCAAUUCGAGAUACCAAGUGCAGCCCGGUCCUUUUCCAGCUGGUCGGCGUGGAUAUCUUCCCCUUCCUCUUAUUCUCCCGCCGGGUAGUGCAUCGAGUACUUUCAGAGCUAGAGUGUAUUCGUGCAUUCGAAUGACAUGACCUAGCCAGGUAGCCUCUGUCUACGUCAAUGUCGUCGUAUGUAGUAUCUUAUACAGGUCAUCGUUCCAUCGAAUGUUAUAUUCGCCGUGGUAAAUCUUUCGCAGAACUUUUCUCCUGAAAACUCUCAACGUCGACUUAUCAGUUGUUGUCACCAUCCAUGCCUCUGCGCCAUAUUGCAGGUCGGGAAUAAUGAGUGACCUCUAAAGUUUUGUUUUUAUUCGUCGAAAGAGGACUUUACCAAUUGCCUACUUAGUCCGAAGUAGCAUCUGUUGGCAAGAGUUAUUCUGCGUUGCAUUUCGAUACUGACAAUGUUGUUGAUGUUGAUGCUGGUUCCAAGAUAGACCAAAUUAUCUACAACUUCAAAGUUAUGACUGUCAACAGUGACGUGAGUGCCAAGUCGCGAGUGCGACGACUGUUUGUUUGAUGACAGGAGAUAUUUCGUCUUGCCCUCGUUCACUGCCAAACCCAUUUGCGUUGCUUCCUUGUUCAGUCUGGAGAAAGCAGAACUAACGGCGCGGGUGUUGAGGCCGAUGACAUCAAUAUCAUCGGCAUACGCCAGCAGCUGUACACUCUUAUAAAAGAUUGUACCUGCUCAAUUCAGUUCUGCAGCUCUAAUAAUUUUCUCCAGCAGCAGAUUGAAGAAAUCGCACGAUAGGGAAUCGCCUUGUCUGAAACCUCGUUUGAUAUCGAACGGCUCGGACAGGUCCUUCUCGAUUCUGACGGAGCUUUUAGUGUUGUUCAACGUCAGUUUACACAGCCGUAUUAGUUUUGCUGGGAUACCAAAUUCAGACAUCGCGGCAUAAAGGCAGCUCCUUUUCGUGCUGUCGAAAGCAGCUUUGAAAUCGACGAAAACGUGGUGUGUGUCAAUUCUCCACGGGUCUUUUCCAAGAUUUUCCGAAUGGUCAAUUGUUGACGGUGGGCUUUAUUCUUUCACACAAUACGCUCGAUAGAGCCUUAUACGCGAUGUUGAGAAGUCUUAUCCCACGAUAGUUGGCGCAGAUUGUUGGGUCUCCUGUUUUAUGGAAUGGGCAUAGCACACUUAAAUUCCAAUCGUUGGGCAUGCUUGCGUCCGACCAUAUUUUACAAAGAAGCUUGUGCAUUCUUCUUAUCAAUUCUUCGACACUGUGUUUGAAUAGCUCGGCCGUCAAUCCAUCGGUCCCACCGUUUUGUUGUUCUUCAGACGGAUGAUUGCUACUUGAACUUCUUUAUGGUCGGCAAUGAAACGUCUGCUUCAUCGCCAUCGAUUUUGGAAUCGGAAUUGCCAUCUCCUGGUGUUAUGCCUUCACUGCCACUGGAAAAGUGUUUCCUCUGUAAUGUUAGUAUGCUCUGAGCAUCACUCACUAGAUCGCCUUUGGGGAGAUGACUAUUCGCGCAAAGUUUCAUUCUGAUAUGUUAAUCGAUUUCACCCAUUUUCACACUGUAACAAAAAACUGUCAGGCGAAUGUCAUUUACCACAUUCAAACUCCGAACAUUACGAACUCCGCCCUAGUUUUUACCAAGGAACAUAUGUACCGAGAUAUCUUAAUUUUCACUAAGUUACAGCUUGCAUUGAUCAUUACAUAAUAAUUUUGUAUAACCUCUUCUUCUUGCUUAGCUUUGGGUGAUACGUAAAAUGGUUAGAUGAACAAAACUAUUGGAUGAGUUUAAUUAUAAUUUUAUAUGAGCUUGUCAAUAAAAGCAAAUCGUGGUACUAAAAUAUAUCAUAAAAGAAAACACUAUAAUUUUUUACUAAAUUUAAGCAAAAUAAAACUAAAUGUGCCUCAAUGGAAUACAAAUUGUAUUCAAAUAAAACACAAAAAUAUAUAUUUCGAACACGAACAUAUUCGAAGAUAAUAAAACAUUUUAUUGAACAUACUACUAAAUUUAGAUAUAUGUAUACUAAAAUAAAUCACAUAAUUAAGACCAAAUUAUUUUAGCUUUCUUCUAAAGUCAUAGUAAUACCAACUAAUAUAAUAAUUACAAGUAAAUAUGUAAAUACCCCUUUUUUAACAGCAGUGGCGGAUCCAUCGGGGAGGUUUAAAGAGACCCAUAAACGGAGAACUUUAUUCAAAUUCAAAAGAAUGGGCAUAGUAAAUAAAUAAAUAUGGCCAGAAAGAAAUUCUAGAUCCGCCAUUGUUUAUCGGUAAUUGUUUUUGGAUGAAGUAUAUGUAUGUAUAUGUAAUUAAAAGCUAUUAGGAAUGCCUCUUAAAUUAACAUAUAUUAUAUGAAUAUAAUAAAUAUAGUAUGCCUCUAUAUACAUUUUUCGUUUUAUGACAGUAUUGAGUUAUCACACAUAUGGACUAUAAAAAAUGAAAACCAUUUUAUUAAUCUAAAAUCACUAACAGAAUUAAAACAAAAAUCUUCGAAUUUCUUUUCAUAUUUCUGAAAAAUUGGAGAAAAUUGGUGUAUCUAUAAAAUAAAAGUGCAUAUCGAUUAAAAUUUUAACACUAACCUAUAAUAACUACGAUGACUUUUGCCUAUUUCUAGAAUAUAGAAAUUUUAUAUUUAGUAUUAAAAAUAAGUAAAGCUUUAAGAAUAUUAAUUUUGGAAAAAACACACACAAUUUGCUAUAAAAUUCUAUAGCUAGAUUCUCGGAGUAUAUAUGUUUUGUACAGAUGUCUUUAAUUGACGGAUGCUCAUACCAAUUUUUUAACUAUGAACAAUAUUCGAAAAGCUUACCGUCAUUUUGACACUUGCGAAAAUUAAGUUGGCAAGCUAUGUGAUAGAAAAAAUUAGUGAAAGUAUGAACUUGGAUAACAAACAAGGGAGCCUGUAAUUUAUUUUAACUACCACUGCACACGAAAUACAACAAUACGAUGCUUUAAAGACGAAAUCUACAAACCAUUUGAGCGGAUUACUACUAUCAAAAAGCUUCUCAAAAAGCUCAUAAGACUCAAUAGUCUUAAGGAGAUGAUUUAAGACUUUUACUAGUUUCCAAACAUAACUUUUUCGUAUUGUAGAUUGCUAGAGAACGAAGCUCUUAUAGUCGAACACACGGUGUAGAAAAGUAAUUUCUAGCCAAAGCUUUAUUUGUUAAAUAAGCUGUAAUCGGAUAUGCUGUGAAAAUAAUGGACGAUCCAUUUCGAGUUGCCCUACAUUUUAAAAAAAGAACAUAUAAACUUCAAACUUAAUGGGAAAUGUUUAUUAUCAUUCGAAAGAACAUUCUUUGGUAUUUAUUUACUGAAAAUUAUCUCUUUGAAAUGUCUGCGGCUACGUCUAUGGUAAUCCAUCCAUUGAGUCUAAUUUUCGAUGACUCGUUCGAGAAUUUCGACUGGUAACUCGCGACUGACAUAGAUGAUGUUUUGCUCCAAGGCCUGAAUAGAAGCGGGAUUGUCCGUCUAAACUUUAGGCUUUACAUAUCCUCACAGUAUAAAGGCUAAUGGUGUGAUAUCACACGAUCUUUGUGGCCAAUUGAAAAACGUGAAAUUAUCUGCGGACCGAAGUGUUCUCUCAAUAAUGCCAUUGAUUGUUGCGAUGUGUGAGAAGUGGCGCCGUCUUGUUUAAAACAAUUCUCGCCGAAAUCACGAGUUUAAAUUUCAGGCAUCAAAUAGUUGGUUAUCAUGGCGCGAUUGGCUGUUAUAUUCUCAUCGGCAGCAUUUUUGUAGAAAUAUGGACCGAUGAUUCCUACAGAUCACACCAAACUGUUGUUUAUUCUGAAUGAAAUGGCAGCUCUUGAAUCUUUUCAAGUUUAUCUUCGUCCAAAAUACGAAAAUUUUCUUGUUCACACACCCAUUGAACUAGAAAUGGGUCUCAUCGCUGAAUAAAAUUUGGCUCGGUUCUUCUUAGAACUUUUCAAGAGCCCAUAGGGCGAAACGAUCUGGUUUAAAGAGUGGCUAACAUUUUAUUUAGGGAAGUAACUUAAUUUGAAAAAAAAAAGAUUUUUUGAACCAAAUAUGUUAAGAAUUAAACAUAUAAUUCUAAUAAGGAAUUUUUUACUUCAAAUAUGUAAAUUUAAUAGGUAAAAGCAGGCCAAUAAAAUAAUAUAAAUAAUAUUACUUAUCCGUCAAAUAUAAACCGAUCGAUUGUAUGCACAAAUGGUAGUAAAAUAACUAAAUUAAAAACGUGAAAUAUAUAUCCUACCACUAAGUGACUCAAAAAUCUAGUUACAAGAAAACAUUUUUAUACAACGCAUAGCUGACAAAAGAAAAAUAAAUAUUUUAGUUAUCACGAGCAGAAGCUCUUCUAAGUCAAAAAUUUAAAUAUAAAGUAGAACUUAUGUAGAUGUGAAUUUCUGUGCCACCACAGUGAAAAACACAAGUAUAAGUAAUGUAUAAGUCAGUUUUGGGGUAAGCGAGUGUCAAAAGAACGCUCAACUCUUAUUAAAUUUCGCUAAAUGUAUUUGACAACACUGGCAACACCUCAACUGUCAAACUUAUGCUAUUAUACUUUUCUUUUUGGUUGUUUGAGAGAUAUUAGCAAUGAUUCUUUUGAGUUUGCUUAGAUUUUAAAUGCUCUCGCUUGGUAGGUUAGAUGGCUGAUCAAGAGAUCGCACGUGGACUACUAAAUAUACAUAUAUAGAUAUCUGUGAGGUCACAGAAAGAAGAACUCCUGUGUUCAAACUAUAAAUUACCAAAAGCAUUAGUAGCCGAUAGAAAUUUGCAUAGGCAUUUAAUUUCCGUUCACGACAGUUCGGUGGGAUGUUUAAAAGUAUGAAGCUCACUGCCCUCCAACGGCUUCUUCCCACCCAGAACACCCUCGCAGGUAUAUGGGCAGAGAAAAGGCUCCAUGAUCAGGAAUCCAGUAUGGAGUGAAAGUUAGUAAGGACUUCCGAGUGUUCAAACCCGUGCCCUUUGAGAGGAUUUCUCUGAGUCUGAUCGCAGCCAUACACCAUCCGGCAAUGUCCACGGGCGAUAUGUGAAGGAUGGCGUUAAGUGCCAUGGUUUGAAUUGACAUCAACACAUGCUUAUAAGCUCCGCCCGUUGAACGCCCUCGAGUUUCUUUGUAAGUAUUCUUUUCUAGAACCCUCCUUCACAUAAAUACUCCAUAAAAUAUAAUUGGCUUGACUAUGGUGUCAUAGAGCCAGAGGAAAACUUUCGGUGAGAGAUCUCACCUUUUGCCAAUGCCUCCUCUACAGCUUUACAAGGCAAUCGAUGCCUGUUUUGCUCUCUCUUCGACCUUCAAAAACCUCUCUGAGCUUCCAAAAUUGGUCGGCGUUUCGUUACAUUAGUGAAUUAAAUAAUUUAGCGAGUGUUCUUUUGCCACUCAUUUACAAAACCAAUUAAAGUACUUAUAUAACUUUAUGUAAAUAUAGUAAAAAUGUAAAAAAGAGUAAAGCGUUAACAUCUAACUUCAACUGUAGUUUCAUAUACAAACAAAGUAAGUGAAAUACAUACGAACACUUCACUAUUAUGGUGACAAAAUUUUAACAAAAUAUGUAAGUAGAAAUGUAAGUAAUAUAUUUUUUAAUAAGAAACAUUUACUGAUUUCCUGUAAAACUUAACAUUUCCAAAGAAUUAUCUAAUAAAGCGAAAAUAUAAAUGUUUGAGGCAAAAGUAAGCCGCUGUAGGUUAUACAUAUGGUGAGAAAAUGUCAAAAUUUAAUUGGAUAAAAAAUAUUUUUGUAAUAAGCUAAUUUUGAAAAUUUAGUUGUAACUACUUAAGUCCUAAGACACUUCAAAAACGGGAUGAAAUGAAGAAACUUUGAGACGAAAAUAUAUUGUUAACAGAGAGAUGUUGGUGAUAAUUGUUUACUACACUAUGAACGAAUAAAAUGUAUACAAAUGAAGGAAUG